GGCAGUGCAAACAGCUCCAACACUGAGGUGGAGUGGCCAAACAGGUUCCCUGGAAGGAGAGUUUUUCUUAAAAAAGAUGAUGCCUGCAAAUGGAAAUUUGCUGUACAAAGGCAACUGCCGCAAGCCGUUAGGGAAACUGGCUCAGAGGCUGGAAGAGGUGAAGUGUCCCUGGAGGCAGAGCUCCGGCCUGGAGCUCAGUCACAGUGAAGUGGCCAGGCUGGCUACAGACGCCUUGCUGGAGUCCGGCCUCGCCGCCUACAAGCGGGCACUGGCUGGCGAGAGGGAGCUGGGCUUCCUCUCCAAGCUGGAGAUCGCCUACAUCAGUCAGAGGGGUGGAGUGGCCAGGCUGGCCGAGCCCAGCCACAGUGACUGGGAAGCCGGGGACACGCAGUCGGAGCUGACCUCGGGCACCUACUUCCCCAUGCAGUCCGACUCCGAGGCUCCAGUGCUGGACCUAGGCUGGUCCAAAGGUCAAUCCUGUGCCUCCCUGCCCUCAGACACUCAGGUCAUCUUCCAAAGGGACAAGACUCACAGCAUCAAGGACACCAUACGCCAGUUGUUCAGCGAGGCCAAGUCGCUCAUUGCGAUUAUGAUGGAUCUGUUCACUGAUGUUGACAUAUUUUGUGACUUGUUGGAAGCUUCUGCUAAACGGGGAGUGCCCGUCUACCUACUUCUGGAAGAAACUAACCUGGAACACUUUAUGCUAAUGUGUGACGAGCUUGACAUUCAAAAAGAUCACGUGAUGAACAUGCGGAUCAGGAGCGUGGUGGGAGACACAUACUGCACAAAGUCUGGGAAGAAGUUUAGUGGCCAAGUCCUGGAGAAGUUCAUGAUAAUUGACCUGGAACAAGUGGUGGCAGGUUCAUACAGGCUUCCCAAAGUAUCUUUUAGAAUUGCAAACACAGUUGGAAAAUGGCAGAUGUUGCAAUCAGUUUGUAUACAGCAAGUGCCCAUAGACAGCAUGUGACAAAUGACCACAGG